GAAACACAUCUUAAAAACAAGUUAAACGUGUACACUGUACAGUUGGAACUAGCGCAUUCACGAGAGUAUAAAUUCGAGUUUGUUUGACGUUUUAUUCUCAGUGUAAAUAAUAUGACCUAACAGGAAUUUGCUUGUCCGCCUGAUUUUAUUUAUUUAAGAAAGGACCUUUCGACUAUUCGCGUCGCCGUUGACUUUAGAUAUCGGCUUUCUCCCAUAGUAACACACGCGAUAAGUAACAGUCAACAGUCAACAGUGCGUCGUUAUUUUUUUAGCUAUACGAUUUAGUUGUGAAGCAAAGCUUGAGAAAUAAAGUGUCCUUCGAUUUCCUUAGCAAUGUCGCAAAGCAACGAGAAAGUGAUCGGCAAAGCAGGAAAUUUCGAAUUUGAAGUGAUCCCCAAAACUCUGACCAGUCCAUUUACUGAGCACUUUCCUAAUUACACUGAAGGAUUGGCUAAAGGGUCACCCGGUGGAUUUGUCCUGUCUCCAGAAUACGCUCGUCAUGCCGAAGAAUGUCUGCAAUUCCAACCGAGAAGUGACGAUGUUUGGAUUGUUACUUUCCCGAAAUGCGGAACCACAUGGACACAAGAAUUAGUGUGGAUGGUGAUGAACGAUUGCAACGAAGAAGUUGGGUUGAAACUACCUUUGAAUCUACGUUCCCCUUUUCUUGAGUUUCCGUACCUCACUCCGGCGCAACCGAAAGACGCUCCACUGGAAUUGAAUAAAUUAGUUUCUUUGGAAACUAUUGAAAAGAUGCCAUCGCCACGUCUAAUCAAGACCCACUUGCCAUUAUACCUUCUCCAUCCAAAUCUGCUUGACACUAGCAAGGUAGUUUACGUGGUCCGCAAUCCAAAGGAUGUAAUUGUUUCCUACUUGUAUCACCACAGACUGAUCAAAUUUCAGAACUUUACUGGAACAUUGGUUCAGUUUGCUCAGUAUUUCAUGGAUGACGAAUUGUACUAUUCGCCGUUCUUCGCUCACGCCUUGGAGGCUUGGGCUCAGCGCCGUCACCCCAACAUGCUGUUCCUUUUUUACGAGGACAUGAAAAAUAAUUUGAGGGGAGAAAUCGAACGAGUCGCGGAUUUCCUUGGUAAAAGCUUGUCGGGAGAACAACUGGCCAGACUCGUCGUUCAUCUUCAGUUCGAAAAUUUCGCAAAGAACGAAUCAGUCAACUUUGAAGCGGGAAAACAAAUGGGUUUUAUGAACCAAGAAGGGCGUUUCAUCCGAAAAGGAGAAACAGGAGAUUGGAAAAAUCAUUUCAGUCCGGAAUUAAACGACCGAAUCGACCAAUGGAUCGAGAAAAACCUGGCGGGGACAGAUUUGAAAUUCGUCACGGAAUUGCGAUGAAAAUUGAAUAAAAUCCAGUUGGCUGUAACGGUUUGGAGGAUGAUUGACACCUGAGGAUGAAUGUUUACCGCGAUCGAACUUGGAUAUGGAAAUCAAAAUUCACAUUUCACAGUCCGCAAAGUAGUGUCGCAUAAUUCCUGGAAAUACUUGAACCCAAUAAAAAAGAAAACAAGAGAGCCUCGAAUUUGCGCCCUCAUUGUAAAAUCCCCCGACAAAAAUCGGUCAAACAAAAAAAACCCGGUGAUUCAGCAAUAUCAAUAAAACUGUUUCCCUAGCCAAAUCAAUGCCAUAAUAAAUAAAAAGAUUACAAUUU